ACGACAGCGACCUCGCUGUGGAUGCAGAUAGGUAAGCGCGCUGAUACAAGACCCUGUGCGCGUAAGGACGAAGCAAAGGCCCUUUGGACACGCUUCCUCUUAGGUUUCGGUUGCCUUCGUCCCCAUGGCGUCCCAUUUUUUGGCCACCGUCAGCCACAGUGAAUCAUCCCUCACGCUUUGUGCCCUAUUGCUCCUCACAAUUAUCUGCGCGACCUUGUUCGUACUACGGAUUUGCUUCGGCACAUUCUCGCUUUCUCGCGUACUCGCUCACUUUGAAGAACGUCGGCACUUGGAAAGAGCAUAUGCCCUGGCAUACCAGCGCCGGGAAGACAGCAUUUAUCACAGAGACUGGGCGAAGUCGCGAGGCGCUUUUUCCGAAGCCAAACGCUUGGACGCUGAGAUCGAGGAGACGGAAUCGGAAUUGGAUUCCUUGGACGACACACUCGGGAACCCACAGGGAAUUUUGACUAAGCGACAGUGACGACGAUUGUGUCCACCUUGUUGGGUGCCCUUUAAUUCGAAAGAACUAUUUCCGUCCUGUGUCACGAAAAGAUGGCGGGCAGGAUGAUCCACCAUGGGCAAAAAGCCGUGUCGAAAACCUUCCACGGGAAACAUUUCAAACAAAGCAUACCCUCAUUUAAAGAGGGAUUCUGUGCCAAUUGCUGGGAUCCUUUGCUAUCAAAAAGUUUAUGUCACUCGCUCUUCACAACGGG